AUGUGUGCUAACGAGUUGUCUGCUGCUGUUCCGAAAGCUGGAGAAGGUGAUGAAGGGGAGGAUGGGAAUGUCGAAUUUCUCGAGGUUGAUCCGAGCGUUAAAGAACUUGAUUUAACGCGACAUCGAAUUAAAAAAAUCGAAGGAUUUGACUUCUUGCACAGCAUAGAAUAUUUGUGCUUACGUUGGAAUUUAAUUAAAAAAAUUGAAAAUUUACAUAUGCUUGUUACAAUUACCGAACUCGACCUUUAUGACAAUCAGAUCACCAAAAUUGAGAACCUGGAUGAAUUGGUCAAUCUGGAAUCGUUAGACUUGUCGUUCAAUCGUAUCACAGUGCUCGAAAAUUUGUCAUCCUUGAAAAAACUAAAAAAUGCCUAUUUUGUCCAUAACAAAAUUCAAAAAAUUCAAGGACUUGAAGAGCUGACUGAAUUGGAAUACUUGGAACUUGGCGAUAAUCGUAUCAAAAAAAUUGAAAAUCUUUCGAAAAAUACCAAAAUUAAACGAUUAUUUCUGGGUGCUAACCAAAUUGUUGACAUUGAAAAUUUGGAGAUGUUAGAACAUAUUGAAGUGCUCAGUCUUCCCGCUAAUGCUAUUCAAGAAAUUAAGGGUUUGAAUAAUUUAACAACACUUCGAGAAUUGUAUCUAUCACAAAACGGUAUAGAAUAUAUCACGGGCCUGGAAAACAAUACAAAUUUGAAAAUUCUUGAUCUGAAUCACAAUCGUCUUCGCUCUAUUUCAAAUAUUCGUCAUCUUCAGAAACUUACUGAUUUCUGGGUUAAAAAGAAUCAGUUGGAAAAAAUGACGGAAGUGGAAGAAUUGAUUCAUUUGCCAAAUUUGAAAUUAGUUUAUUUGGAAAUGAAUCCACUCUCGGAAUGUAACACUUAUCGAGGAAGAGUGAUCCAUAUCCUACCACAAAUUGAGAAACUCGAUGCCAACUAUUGUCGG